CCAGCCUCAAGUGGACGUUCGAGGAACUGCUUUGGCUUCACUUUGUCACACACAGACUUGGAGGAUGCCACUUGGAGCCCAACCCACUCACAUUCACACCUAUAGAGUCACCAGAUAGGUGAGGAGAGAACCCAUUCAGCACAUGCACACACAGACAGGCUUCAGCUGGGGUUAAAGGGACUGAGGGACCACCAUGCACCAUCACUUUGAAAAGCUGUAAUUCCUUUAUUCUGAAAAGAUGGCCGGAUAUUGUGCGUGUUUCUGCUCUGGCAGCCUUGACACUGGCAACAAAAGCCUCCGUGCGCUCCGCGGCACCGCACAUCCAAGGACUGUAGAAACCAGCAGACCAGAGACAGAGAGAGAGAGAGAGGAGCAACAAUUAUUAAUAUUUAAAAAAAAAAUCAGCUUUUAUUUGUGUCGCUGAGAAACCACACAACUCCAUCUGUGGAUAAAAUGGAAGAUUUGGGAAAAGUGCUUUUAUUUGCGGACAGGUCCUCGGUCCUGUUGGACUCGUUGGCAAAGUGGAUCGGAACGUUUGGGCGCCUAAUUGGAGUUGUUGGCUGUUUGCGUGCGUGAAAUGAAAAAGGUGUACAAUGAUUGUGCCUUUGAAUUAACUAUGGGCGCUCACAUUCUGGAGUCCAACUCCAGCGGCAACUUGACUCCUGCUGUGUCCGAGGCUGGGACUGUCCUCCCGGGCUCGCUUGCGGUGAUCUUAUCGGUCCUCAUGGUGACUCUGGUUGUCGUUGUGGUGGCUGGAAACGCGCUGGUCAUCAUGGCUUUUAUUGUGGAUAAAACCCUGAGAAAUCAAAGCAACUACUUCUUCCUGAACCUUGCUAUAUCUGAUUUUCUUGUGGGUGCCUUCUGCAUCCCAGUCUACAUCCCGUACAACCUGACAGGCCGGUGGAUGCUGGGUAAGGGUCUCUGCAAGGUGUGGCUCGUCAUGGACUACAUGCUCUGCUCCGCCUCAGUCUUCAACAUCGUCCUCAUUAGUUAUGACCGCUUCCUGUCAGUCACGAGAGCGGUUAAAUACAGAGCACAGCGAAACAUGACCCGCCAGGCUGUGUUCAAGAUGGUGGCGGUGUGGGUGCUGGCCUUCCUCCUCUACGGCCCCGCCAUCAUCUUCUGGGAGGCUAUCGUCGGUCAGAGUGUCGUCCCGGCUCACGAGUGCUACGCCGAGUUUUACUUCACCUGGUACUUCCUGCUCAGCGCCUCUACCUUCGAGUUCUUCACCCCGUUUGUGUCCGUGGCUUUCUUCAACCUCAGCAUCUACCUGAACAUCCAUCGCAGGAACAAGAACGGAGGCGCCGGCCUCGAGGACGACGCCAAGACGCAGAGGAUCGGGAACAAGAACAGAGACGGAGGAGGCUGGAACGUGUUUUUCGUGAAGACUCGGAAGGUUUCAUCCAGCGAACCUACUGCUAUCUCUGCAGUAAUCGAGGACGACGAUGUAUUGUCUCCAUCCUCCAGCGGGGAGCCUAAUACCAGCCAGAUAUUCAUACAGAGGGAGAGGUUCUCUCCUAACAGGAAAAACUCCAGGCUGUUUCAGCACACUGCCUCCUGCAUGGCGCCUAGCCGCAAGACUCACGGAUCUCGUCUUUCCCGGGACAAAAAAAUCGCCAAAUCUUUAGCCAUCAUCGUCUGCAUUUUUGGAAUUUGCUGGGCUCCUUACACUCUACUAAUGAUCAUUCGGGCCGCCUGUAGCGGCGCAUGCGUGGCGAACUACUGGUACGAGAUUACGUUCUGGCUUCUGUGGCUGAACUCCGCCAUCAACCCGUUCUUGUACCCGCUGUGCCAUAGCAGCUUUCGAAGGGCUUUCUCGAAGAUACUGUGUCCUAAAAGACAAUCGGUCCAGCCUCAGAUCGAGGCUCAGUCUUGUUGAGAUGAACUCAGAUGCACUUCCAUGCUUUAUGAAUAACUAUUGUUGGUCAAACACUGUAAAAAAAAAUUUAAUAAAUAAAAAUCCAUAUACUGUUCUUCCAUAAAAAAUCGAGUUCUCAAAAUGUUUGCAUUUAAGUGAGCGAUGCCCGGAUUGUCUGACAGCAAUACAGCCGUUCCUCCAGUAGUCAUGAAAUAUGUGCUAAUUUACUUAAUGACAGGUUAAAGCAGUGGACUCAAAGCGGAAUAUAAUUGCCCUUGAUUAAAGUGCCCCUAAGAGCAGAUGUUUUUCAAAAGAUGUACAUCUUUGUUUUUUUAAGAUUUAUUCCUAACCUCCAGAGACAAUCUGAUCGACGUGCUUUCAUACCACACAGUUCUUUAUGUGCCGGGAAGGCUGUGAAAUGAUGACUUAUGCAGUCGAAUAGAAUUUGAUGACCAUAAUUUAGUCUUAAGAUGUCGUACGAGAUCUGCAGCAAGCAGCAAGUUGUUAAAUUACGGUCUGUCUGCACGCUCAGAUUGGAGGGAACAUUUUUCAUUGAGCUCCUGUUUAGAUCAAAUUGACGUGAAAGGAAGAGUUUUAUGGUCUUUUAUGUGUUUUUUAAAAUAAAGUUUCAUCUCUCUCCGUAUGAAACAUUUUCACUCUGUGUCUUCAAAAAGAUACAAAUUUGAGCUUCUCAGCACGCAGCAAUAGGAUGACAAAUGUGAAGGCCUCAACAUUCAAAGCACCUGAAAAGAAGAGAAUAAGCUGCACUUGUUUACAGAGUCACAAUUCACGACGUUUUAUUUCAUUUUAUCUGAAAAGUGGCCGAUGAUCCAACAGAAUCAACCGUUAUCUGCCAACACUUAAUCUGCACUUCAUUUAAAAAAAAUGUACUCUUGUUGAUGUUUGAAAUGUACAGCACUAUAAAACGAGAGCAGCGUUCAAACUUUUGUACAAUAAUAUCUAUGCCAAGCUAGAUGGUUGUGUUCCUUAAGUACAGUAUUUCAUUUAAAGACUUGACUGGUUUAUACCACCCAAACUACUUGACUACUUUGUAUCUUGGCUAUGAAUGUGUGUUGGUGUCAGUAGCCAAAGAAAGAAUAAAAAGAAAACUGCCUACAGGCUCCGUAACUGUACACGUUAUUGGUAAAAAUCUGAACUGUCUAGAAGGAAAAGUUUGACUUUUUUUUUUACCAAGAGUUAGACGAGUAAAUUGAUACCUUACUCAUACCUAUAAGGAAAGUAUAAAGAUACAGCCAGAAACUGCAGUACCUCAAAUGUCCACUUGAUGCUGGCUCCAGAAUGAGUCAGUCUCCAUAAG